ACGAGCAUGUCCAGGUGGCCAGCUGAUUCUGUUUUCUUGCCACAUUGCUUUCUGUAUCUAUAACCCCUCAUUCACAUACCUCCGGUCGUGAUGAGCGACGAUGAAAACAUGCAGAUACUCAUUGAGAACCUCUCUUCAAGUGUUGACUAUGCAGAUGACCAAUUUCACCGAGAUAUAUACAACCACAUUCACGACAACAUAGCGCCAGUGAUGUCGAAGAAUAGCUGCCCUUCUCUGCAUGUGCUUGCCUAUGCGAUCCACAACAUCACGAAGCCAGCAUUCUUGGCCGACCGAGUGAUCGACCUUCUUUCUCUGCUGGCACACGUGAACUUGCUGCGCAGAAAGGCUGUCUCUCAAGCUCUAAUAGCCCUCAGGUGGAACGAAUAUUACUCUGAGCGCUCUCAAGCAGGUGUCGCUCUGAUGGCAGCCGAAGAACGAAGGCUGCUGCGCAAACUCGUUUUGGAAGACGGUGCAGACCAGAAUUUGUACAGGCUGAUAAGAAAUGCAUGCGCUGAGUUUGACAUUCAUAACUGUUUUCUAUAUGCUCCUCCUACCAUGUUCUGGUCGCGACUGCAGACGCACUUUCCAGGACAGUUUGCGGGUGACAAAGGGGAACAAAGCCACAGUCACACGGAAAUAGGAGACAACAUCAAGACGCUUCUGUUUCACCAUGACCUCUCUGAGGAAGAACAGCUGGAAGACCAGGAGACCGCGAAACGAUGCGCAAAGUUCAUAAGCGAUGCGGCGCAAAUCGUAGAGGCUCCAGAGAAAUACGAUGCCUCAGCAGAGACUGUCUAUGCUCGAAUCAGUAAACUGUUUCCUGACCCGGACGCGGAGCUCAUCACUGAAUUGGUCGACGACUACUUGUACAAAGUGGAAGCCCUCGUCCACGCAAUUGUUCGAAUCUUCGAUGGCGUGGAUUGGUAGCACAGAGGUACUCUCAUGCACAGCAGCCAUCGAUUCGUGCCGACUUCGCAUGUGAAAGCGUUUGUUCGUGUUUGACGUCAUAAACCUACUCAGGACUUUAGAAUAUAAUAGCUGCAUCGCAUACG